GAGACGCAGUCUCGCUCUGUCGCCCAGGCUGGAGUGCAGUGGCACGAUCUUGGCUCACUGCAAGCUCCACCUCCCGAGUUCACGCCAUUUUCCUGCCUCAGCCUCCUGAGUAGCUGGGACUACAGGCACCCGCCACCAUGCCUGGCUAAUUUUUUUUUGUACUUUUAGUAGAGACGGGGUUUCACCGUGGUAGCCAGGAGGGUCUCAAUCUCCUGACCUAGUCAUCCACCUGCCUCGGCCUCCCAAAGUGCUGGGAUUUACAGGCGUGAGCCACCAUGCCCGGCCUUUUUUUUUUUUUUUUUUUAAAUGAGCUUGCAUAACUUUUGAAAGGAAAAGAAAUAAGCAGUCUUCCAAAAAAGCAUUAAACCAGGCUUAGAAAAAUGAUUAAUUUUAGAGAAGGAUUUUUUGCUUGGGGAGGGAAAAAAAAGGAUUCAUUACUUUUAGGGACGGCCCCUCCUUCUAAUAUAAAUCUUUUUUUCUUUUUGAGACGGAGUUUUGCUCUUGUUGCCCAGGCUGGAGUGCAAUGGCGCCAUCUGGCUCACUGCAACCUCCGCCUCCCGGGUUCAAGCGAUUGUCCUGCUUCAGCCUCCCGAGUAGCUGGGAUUACAGGCACACGCCACCACGCCCAUCUAAUUUUGUAUUUUUAGGAGAGAUGAGGUUUCUCCAUGUUGGUCAGGCUGGUCUUGAACUCCUGAACUCAGGUGAUCUGCGCGUCUCGGCCUCUCAAAGUGCUGGGAUUACAGGCAGUGAGCCAGCAUGCCCUGCCUAAUAUAAAUCUUUUUAUUUUUAUUUGAGACGGAGUCUCGCUCUGUCACCAGGCUGGAGUGCAGUGGCGCAAUCUCAGCUCACUGCAACCUGUGUCUCCUGGGUUCAAGUGAUUCUCCUGCUUCAGCCUGUCACGUAUCUGGGGUUACAGGCACACACCACCAUGCCUGGCUAAUUUUUUGUAUUUUUUAAUAGAGAUGGGGUUUUACCAUGUUAGCCAGGAUGGUCUCGAUCUUCUGACCUCGUGAUCCACCCGACUCGGCCUCUCAAAGUGCUGGGAUUACAGGCAUGAGCCACUGAGCCCGGCCUGUAAAUCUUUUAAAAACACCGUUGAUAGACAGUUCACAUGUUAAGUGCUAAUAUUUGCUCAGUAGAAACUUCUGUGUUCAUAAGGAAUGGAUUAGUGAAAAUUAAUGGAUUUAGUGAGGUUCACUAGGUAAUACAAACAUUAAAAGGUUCUUAUAGAAAUUCUCAAGUAACUGAUAGUUCUUAUUUUUAUUUAUUUUAUUUUUUUUUGAGAUGGAGUCUCACUCUGUCGCCCAGGCUGGAGCACAGUGGCACGACCUCGGCUCACUGCAAACUCCACCUCCUGGGUUCACGCCAUUCUCCUGCCUCAGCCUCCCAAGUAGCUGGGACUACAGGCACCCACCACCAUGCCUGGCUAAUUUUUUUGUAUUUUCAGUAGAGAUGGGAUUUCACCGUGUUAGCCAGGAUGGUCUCGAUCUCCUGACCUCAUGAUCCACCCACCUUGGCCUCCCAAAGUGCUGGCAUUACAGGUGUGAGCCACCGCGCCCUGCCAAUAGUUCUUAUUUUUAAUGGAAACUUUAAAAUUUAUCUGUCUGUGUGUCUAUUAGAGUCUUGCUGUGUCACCUAGGCUGGAGUGCAGUUGCGUAAUCGUAGCUCACCGUAACAUUGAACUGGGCUCGAGCUUCCCAGAGUGCUGGGAUUAUAGGUGUGAGCUACUGCGCACAGCCUAAAAUUUUUUGAUAUGUAGUUUUGGGAGGCAGAGUCUCACUCUUGCUCUGGCUGGAGUGCAGUGGCAUGAUCAUAGCUCACUGCAUCCUCGAACUCCUGGGCUCAAGUGAUCCUCUCCUGCUUCAGCCUCAGCUCAGUAGCUGGGACUACAGGUGCCUGCCACCAUGCCUGGCUACAUUGUUAAAUUUUUUGUAAAGACAAGGUCUUGCUAUGUUUCCCAGGCUGGUUGGUCUUGAACUCCCGGCUUCAAGUGAUCCUUCUGCCUUGCCCUCCCAAAGUGCUGAGAUUACAGGUAUGAGCCACCACACCUGACUGUGAACUUUUAAUCAUAAGUUAGUUUCCCUCUUAAUCCAUUCACUCAGGUCUCCUUUCCUAGAUGACAGCUACAGUUAGGAGUUUCUUGGGUGUUCAGACAUAUUUUUUGCAUAUGCAAAUGUGCAAUACAUUCUUUCUCUGCUUUUAAAAAAUAUUGUGCCUCAAUGUGGGUGUGCUUUACCUAUUGCCAGAUGCCUUGCUUUUCUAAAUGUUUCUUCAUUGUUCCACUUCAGCACAGAGAUACCUACCUCAGUCUUUAUUAACUACCACAUAUUUCUGUAGAAUGAAUAUAUAAUAGAAACAUCUUAGAUGCUUGUAUUUUAUUUGAUCAGUUUAUUUUAAAGCUUAAUGAACAAAUGAUUAUAAGCGUAAAAUGUAGGUUAUGUGCUGGCAUUUGGGUAUUUAAGAAUUGGCUAACUUUUAUGGCAAGAUUUUCAGACUCUUAAUCAGAGGAAUACUGUGGUUCUAGUAAGUGCAUCUGCAUUGCAGCUAGGUAGUUAACAAAGUAUCUUGAAACCUUUUAGUUAAGAUGAGGAAAUAGCCAGGCGUGGUGGCUCACACCUAUAAUCUUAGCACUUUGGGAGGCUGAGGCGGGCGGAUCGCUUGAGGUCAGGAGUUUGAGACCAUCCUGACCAACAUGGUCAAACCCCAUCUCUACUAAAAAUACAAAAAUUAGCCACGCAUGGUGGCGGGUGCCUGUAGUCCCAGCUACUUGAGAGGCCGAGACAGGAGAAUUGCUUGAAACCAGGAGGCGGAGGUUGCAGUGAGCCGAGAUCGUGCCACUGCAGCACUCCAGCCUGGCGACAGAGCGAGACUCCAUCUCCAAAAAAAAAAAAGGAAAUAGUGAAUUGAGAUGAUUUGAUUGAGUGGAUUCACAACUAAUUAACUGGUCACAGAUUCAACUGUUGAAUAAUUUUGUAAAAGAGGCCGGGUUUAUGAAUUGAGGUCAGUUUGAAAACAAAAAGAACGAUGUCAACAUUUUGUUUCUUACUUUGUGUGCUCUUUUCAACAUAUAGAUGACAAACUUUGACAUGAUGUUUAGAAAACUUGUGAGUAAAAGGAUAGGCAAUACGAAUAUUUCUAAAAUUCAAAAUCAGAAGCUUUUAGGUUCAUAAAUCAUAUAUUUUGAAAAAUGAGCAUGUUUGGAAAGAAUUAUAUAUACAUGGUUUAAAAUUCUGGCGGCUCUUAAGAAUAUGCUAUGAAGACUCCUUUCUGUUCCCUAGUUAUUUACUUUCUCCACCCCCAAAGAAACUAAUGUUAUUGCUUUCUUGUGUGUUCUUCAGGAAACGUUUUAUGCAUCUCCAAGUAAACACACAUAUAUCCCCUGUCUUUAAAAGAAGGAGGAAAACAUUUGAACAUUGCAUUUACUUUAUUUCCAUUAACUGUAUCUUGGAGAUGUUUCCAUGUCAGCAUAUAUAAAGGGCAUUCUCAUUAGUUUGGAUGCUUGCAUAUUAUUCCAUUGUAUGGAUGUACUGUAGUUUUGGAGUUUUUAAAACCAGGGUCCUAAAACCAGGACAUUAGCUUGCUUUUACUUUUUUUUUAAUGCUACUUCAAGUAAUUUAGCAAUGAUUAACUUGUGCCAUGAAUUCCUGAAAGAAUUGCAGUAUCAAAGUAUAUCUGUGCAUUUAUAAUUUUUAGAGCUGUUGCCAAAUAUCUAACCCUAAAGAGGUUGUAUCAAAUUACAUUUCCACCACCAAUUAAGAAAGUGGUGAUAGAAUUAAAAGCCGAUGCUCUAGUCACCCAUAUAGUUACUUUUGGCAUGUUUCUAGUAAGUGGGCAUUGCCUGUGACUGGACGUUUUCAGUGAUGGACAUUCAUUACUUUUCAAGAUAGCCCAGUGCAUCUUUAGGUGGUUUGGCUCUUGGUACUUCCUUAUACAGAAUAAAAAUAUUCUUCAAGCCUUCUACCUGUUGGUCUUGUUUCUUCUUUUAAUGAUUUCUUUUAUAAAAUAAUUUUAAUAUCUGAAGGCAGCUGUCACGUCUUCCCUUCGCCAUUCUAUUCAUCAUGCUUUUUUUUUUUCAUAGGUUAUUGCAUUAGGAUCUCUUUAAUUUCCUGGUUGUCCCAUUUAUUCUAGUGCUAUCCCCUAUUAUCCAUACUCUGAAAAUGUGUUAUCUACAAUGUGGCAUUUCCAAGUGUCAUUUCACCUGUACUUUUUAAAGUAGGGUGUCAUAUCUACUCAAAUAGGACAACAUCUGCUGUUGUCCUAUUUAUGCAGGGUAGAAAAGUAAUAUAAUUAAAUUUUCCAUUUCUCUGAAUGUAACAUGAAUGUGCUUUUAGUAGAAACUAAUUUCUCAGAGCUGCUCUGUGUAUGCUUUUUUUUUUUUUUUCUUUUUUUGGAGAUAGGGUCUCACUCUGUCACCCAAGCUGGAGCACAGUGGCAUGAUCAUGGCUCACUGCAGCCUUGACCUCCUGGAUUUAAGUGAUCCUCCUGCCUCAGCCUCCUGAGUAGCUGGGACCACAGGUUCCAAGACCAAAGAUUAAAUUAAGAAAAGGUAAAGCUGGACAAAAUCUGCUGGAAAUGAUGGCCUGUGACCGACUGAGCCAAUCAGGGCACAUGUUGCUAAACUUAAGUCGUGGCAAGCAAGAUUUCUUAAAAGAGGUUGUUGAAACUUUUGCCAACAAAAUUGGGCAGUCUGCAUUAUAUGAUGCUCUGUUUUCUAGUCAGUCACCUAAGGAUACAUCUUUUCUUGGUAGCAGUGAUAUUGGAAACAUUGAUGUACAAGAACCAGAGCUUGAAGAUUUGGCUAGAUACGAUUUUGGUGCUAUUCGAGCACAUAAUGGUAGUCUUCAGCACCUUACUUGGCUUGGCUUACAGUGGAAUUCAUUGCCUGCUUUACCUGGAAUCCGAAAAUGGCUAAAACAGCUUUUCCAUCAUUUGCCCUAUGAAACCUCAAGGCUUGAAACAAAUGCACCUGAAUCAAUAUGUAUUUUAGAUCUUGAAGUAUUUCUCCUUGGAGUAGUAUAUACCAGCCACUUACAAUUAAAGGAGAAAUGUAAUUCUCACCACAGCUCCUAUCAGCCGUUAUGCCUGCCCCUUCCUGUAUGUAAACAGCUUUGUACAGAAAGACAAAAAUCUUGGUGGGAUGCGGUUUGUACUCUGAUUCACAGAAAAGCAGGACCUGGAAACUCAGCAAAAUUGAGACUUCUAGUUCAGCAUGAAAUAAACACUCUAAGAGCCCAGGAAAAACAUGGCCUUCAACCUGCUCUGCUUGUACAUUGGGCAAAAUGCCUUCAGAAAACGGGCAGCGGUCUUAAUUCUUUCUAUGGUCAACAAGAAUACAUAGGGAGAAGUGUUCAUUAUUGGAAGAAAGUUUUGCCAUUGUUGAAGAUAAUAAAGAAGAACAGUAUUCCUGAACCUAUUGAUCCUCUGUUUAAACAUUUUCAUAGUGUAGACAUUCAGGCAUCAGAAAUUGUUGAAUAUGAAGAAGACGCACACAUAACUUUUGCUAUAUUGGAUGCAGUAAAUGGAAAUAUAGAAGAUGCUAUGACUGCUUUUGAAUCUGUAAAAAGUGUUGUUUCUUAUUGGAAUCUUGCACUGAUUUUUCACAGGAAGGCAGAAGACAUUGCAAAUGAUGCCCUUUCUCCUGAAGAACAAGAAGAAUGCAGAAAUUAUCUGACAAAGACCAGGGGCUACCUAAUAAAGAUUUUAGAUGACAGUGAUUCAAAUCUUUCAGUGAUCAAGAAAUUGCCUGUGCCCCUGGAGUCUGUAAAAGAGAUGCUUAAGUCAGUCAUGGAGGAACUCGAAGCCUAUAGUGAAGGAGGUCCUCUCUAUAAAAAUGGUUCUUUGCGAAAUGCGGAUUCAGAAAUAAAACAUUCUACACCAUCUCCUACCAAAUAUUCACUAUCACCAAGUAAAAGUUACAAGUAUUCUCCCAAAACACCACCUCAAUGGGCAGAAGAUCAGAAUUCUUUAAUGAAAAUGAUUUGCCAACAAGUAAAGGCAAUUAAGAAAGAAAUGCAGGAGUUGAAACUAAAUAGCAUUAAGUCAGCAUUCCCUCGUCGUUGGCCCACAGAGAAUUAUGGACCAGACUCGGUGCCUGAUGGAUAUCAGGGGUCACAGACAUUUCAUGGGGCUCCGCUAACAGUUGCAACUACUGGCCCUUCAGUAUAUUAUAGUCAGUCACCAGCAUAUAAUUCCCAGUAUCUUCUCAGACCAGCAGCUAAUGUUACUCCCACAAAGGGUUCUCCUAAUACAGAAUUUAAGUCAACCAAAGAAGGAUUUUCCAUCCCUGUGUCUGCUGAUGGAUUUAAAUUUGGCAUUUCGGAACCAGGAAAUGAAGAAAAGAAAAGUGAAAAGCCUCUUGAAAAUGAUACUGGCUUCCAGGCUCAGGAUAUUGGUGGCCAGAAGAAUGGCCGUGGUGUGAUUUUUGGCCAAACAAGUAGCACUUUUACAUUUGCAGAUCUUGCAAAAUCAACUUCAGGAGAAGGAUUUCAGUUUGGCAAAAAAGACCCCAAUUUCAAGGGAUUUUCAGGUGCUGGAGAAAAAUUAUCCUCAUCACAAUACGGUAAAAUGGCCAAGAAAGCAAACACUUCUGGUGACUUUGAGAAAGAUGAUGAUGCCUAUAAGACUGAGGACAGCGAUGACAUCCAUUUUGAACCAGUAGUUCAAAUGCCUGAAAAAGUAGAACUUGUAACAGGAGAAGAAGAUGAAAAAGUUCUGUAUUCACAGGGGGUAAAACUAUUUAGAUUUGAUGCUGAGGUAAGUCAGUGGAAAGAAAGGGGCUUGGGGAACUUAAAAAUUCUCAAAAAUGAGGUCAAUGGCAAACUAAGAAUGCUGAUGCGAAGAGACCAAGUACUAAAAGUGUGUGCUAAUCAUUGGAUAACGACUACAAUGAACCUGAAGCCUCUCUCUGGAUCAGAUAGAGCGUGGACAUUUUCAGCCAGUGAUUUCUCUGAUGGUGAUGCCAAACUAGAGCAGUUGGCAGCAAAAUUUAAAACCCCAGAGCUGGCUGAAGAAUUCAAGCAGAAAUUUGAGGAAUGCCAGCGGCUUCUGUUAGACAUACCACUUCAAACUCCCCAUAAACUUGUAGAUACUGGCAGAGCUGCCAAGUUAAUACAGAGAGCUGAAGAAAUGAAGAGUGGACUGAAAGAUUUCAAAACAUUUUUGACAAAUGAUCAAACAAAAGUCACUGAGGAAGAAAAUAAGGGUUCAGGUACAGGUGCAGCUGGUGCCUCAGACACAACAAUAAAACCCAAUCCUGAAAACACUGGGCCCACAUUAGAAUGGGAUAACUAUGAUUUAAGGAAAGAUGCUUUGGAUGAUAGUGUUAGUAAUAGCUCAGUACAUGAUUCUCCAUUGGCAAGUAGCCCUGUGAGAAAAAAUCUUUUCCGCUUUGGUGAGUCAACAACAGGAUUUAACCUCAGUUUUAAAUCUGCUUUGAGUCUAUCUAAGUCUCCUGCCAAGUUGAAUCAGAGUGGGACUUCAUUUGGCACUGAUGAAGAAUCUGAUGUUACUCAAGAAGAAGAGAGAGAUGGACAGUACUUUGGACCUGUUGUUCGUUUACCUGAUCUAGUUGAAGUAUCCAGUGGUGAGGAAAAUGAACAAGUUGUUUUUAGUCACAGGGCAGAACUCUACAGAUACAAUAAAGAUGUUGGUCAAUGGAAAGAAAGGGGCAUUGUUGAUGUAAAGAUUUUACAGAAUUAUGAUAAUAAGCAAGUUCAUAUAGUGAUGAGAAGGGACCAAGUAUUAAAACUUUGUGCCAAUCACAGAAUAACUCCAGACAUGACUUUGCAAAAUAUGAAAGGGACAGAAAGAGUAUGGGUGUGGACUGCAUGUGAUUUUGCAGAUGGAGAAAGAAAAGUAGAGCAUUUAGCUGUUCGUUUUAAACUACAGGAUGUUGCAGACUCAUUUAAGAAAAUUUUUGAUGAAGCAAAAACAGCCCAGGAAAAAGAUUAUUUAAUAACACCUCAUGUUUCUUGGUCAAGCACUCCCAGAGAGUCACCAUGUGGCAAAAUUGCUGUAGCUGUAUUAGAAGAAACCACAAGAGAGAGGACAGAUGUUACUCAGGGUGAUGAUGUAGCAGAUGCAACUUCAGAAGUUGAAGUGUCUAGCACAUCUGAAACAACAACAAAAGCAGUGGUUUCUCCUCCAAAGUUUGUAUUUGGUUCAGAGUCUGUUAAAAGCAUUUUUAGUAGUGAAAAAUCAAAACCAUUUGCAUUUGGCAACAGUUCUGCCACUGGGUCUUUGUUUGGAUUUAGUUUUAAUGCACCUUUGAAAAGUAACAAUAGUGAAACUAGUUCAGUAGCCCAGAGUGGAUCUGAAAGCAAAGUGGAACCUAACAAAUGUGAACUGUCAAAGAACUCUGAUAUCGAACAGUCUUCAGAGCGCAAAGUCAAAAAUCUCUUUGCUUCCUUUCCAACGGAAGAAUCUUCAAUCAACUACACAUUUAAAACACCAGAAAAGGGAUUUAAUUUUAGCCUUUUUAAAUCUAAUCCCAUGGCCUUUUGGACUAGCACUCCUUCCUCACAGCCUGAGAGCAAAGGUGAGGAAUAAAAUGCUUCCCGUUCUUCUGGAUGGGCAUCCUAUCUUCGUAGUUGGUUUGGACUUCGAUAGGUUGAUGGAAGGAAUAUUUUUAUUAACCAAAUAGAAUCUAUUUACAAAAAUGGUUCAUGUAUAUUACCAUCAUUCUUUUGUCAAAAAGUGUGUAUAUAUGUUUGCAUUUACAUAUAUUUGUACAUCUAUAUGACAGAUGUAUUUUAAAAGUUUCAACUUGAAGUAAAAGUACAACAGCUUGAAGUGUUGAUACCAGGCCACAGCCCUCUAACUCGUGUGAUCUCCCAUGCAUGCUGCCAGAAUAAAACCACCAGGAAUGAAUUCACUCCACACUUCUCUGGAACCUCAGGACCCGCCCAUUUCUCGGCAGUACUGUGAAUUUUGAAGUUAAACUAAAUUUUGGUACCAUACCACCUGGAAUUUAGGCUUUAAAAAUAAUGUUUCAAGGCCAGGUGUGGUGAUUCAUGCCUGAAAUCCCACUACUUUGGGAGGCUGAGGCUGGAGAAUCGCUUGAGUCUAGUGAGCUGUGAUUGUACCACUGCACUCCAGCUCGGGGAACAGAGCGAGACCUUGUCUCUAAAAAUAAUAAUAGUAAUAAAAAUAACGUUUUAUGACUAUUUAUUGCAAGGUCAGAUUUAUAGAUUGUUAUAAAUUGUUGAGAAUUUUUGUGAUUAGAAUAUGAAAGAAAAAGCUUUAUUGGUAAAAGUGACAUGUUAAGGGGCUAUGAAGUAAAUAUGCUGCAGUUAAUUAUGCUAAGUUAAAAUGCAGUUUAGUUAUUUGCUUUAAAAUAAACUCUUCUUUUUUUCUUUAAAGUAUACUAUCUCAAAACUCAUUAUGUUGUCAGAGCCCUAGAGCUGGCUAGUGUAACACUGACUAUGAAUAGGUGGGCCCACCACUUGAGUUGAGGUGAUUUCAUGGUGUCUUUCCAGGCUCUUGAUAGGGUGUCACUGCAUGCAAGCCAUGAAUCUGUUUUGAGAAUCCUCUCCAUUUUCCCAAAUAAAAACCUGUCCCAACAGGGACUAUAUCACUCAGCAUUGGAUCUAAAUGUAAAACUGGUGCUUUCAGUGUUUUUGGCAGAUAGUGUUCCAUAAGCUUUCCAUCAGAAGGGAUUUUAGACACCUUAGAGGUCCGUGCUACAUCUUCACAGUUCCUCUGAAUAAGCUUAGGUGGUCGUGUUACUUGCCUUUGACACCUCUGCAUGUGUUUUAAUGACUAGAUCCAAACUGUGUUGUUCUUAAAUCAAAAAUCGGAUAAUUUUUAAUAUUUAUGUAUUAAUCACACAGUAUGCUCUCUGAAGUUCUCUUAAGCCUUCAGUUUAUACUCUUAAUUUUCUUUCUGAGCUGGAGAACUGACUUUGCACUUUGGUUACACAGAACAUUGGUUUCCAAUUUAGUUUAACUGAAAUUUGCUGCUGAUAUGUUGAGUUUGUUCUUUAAAAAAUAUCUCAUAUAUCUCGUCUUUCCUCCUUAGAAGAACAGACCUAACUAGUGAAUGUAUGAAUGAAAAUGCAUCUAUUUCAGAGCCAACAUGAAGAGUUUAGUUUUUUUACUUCAUAAACUGUGAAUAUGAGUAUGCCAGCUGCAUAUGAUGUAACGAAUCAUAUUUAAAUAUAUUUCACUUUCUCUUUGACUUGAGACUUUUUGAAGUCUGUGUAAACUUGUUUUGAAAUAUAGUCUCCACUUACGAAUGUCAUAACAAAAUACUUUUUUGCAUGAUAAAAAAUUACUUUGAUUACAAAAGGCAUAUUGUUUCAUGGUUUCUGCAAUGAGAGGAAGUGUAAUGAUUAUUUUAAUAUUUCUAUUAAAUAUGUUUAACUAUA